UCGACAAACUAAAAUCUGUUAUGCCAUGUACGAAACGCGUUCCUAUUUUUUCAAUAUUUCCGUUAGCACAUAACACUCCUCUGUGUACCUAUUUUGUAGUUAUUGUAUCCGCAUGUUCCUUCUACCCAUAAGUGCUCAGCUCUCGUACAUCUUUGUUUCGGACUCACAUGUGGGAAAAUUGGAAAGAAACUUGCAUAAAACGAGUAAAAUAAAGAAUAUUGCUGGUCAAAAUGUACACACAAGCAGAGGAGUUUGUCGAAGGAGAGUUGGAGUCUGGUGGAAUUGCAGCUAGUUAUGGCUAUACAGGAGCCGAUUAUGACAUAAGUUAUCAAGAUGCAGACGUGAGUAGAAGUAAUCAUGGCGAGGGAUACUUUAUCACAGUUGAAGUGCAAAAGUUCUUGAAAUAUUUUCAAAAGCAAAUUCAUGAACAGAAUGUACGAGAUUCACUCCAUGUAUGAAAGUGGAUUUUCAAAGUUAAGUGAUGAAAAAUUUCCUAAAGCACCGUGGCCUGAAGCCGAACAUAUUGCACCUAUUGUUGGUGAUGAUCCCUUGUUUCUAACUCUGUACAAGGAGCUAUGCUUUCGUCAUAUAUACUCAAAACUGAAGCCAACUAUAGAGCAGCGAAUCGAUUCGUAUUACAACUACUGUGAUCUUUUCAACUAUAUACUCAAUACCGAUGAUCCUGUUCCCUUGGUAUUACCCAACCAAUGGCUCUGGGAUAUCAUUGAUGAAUUCAUAUAUCAGUUUCAGUCGUUCAGCCUUUUUCGAUAUAAGUUUGGCAAAUUGAAUACUGAGCAAAUCUCUUUGCUUCGCGAAAAUCCCAAGAUUUACAAUGUACACAGCGUAUUGAAUGUCCUCCAUUCACUUGUGGAUAAAUCACAAAUCUAUGAACAGCUCGAGGAAUAUAGAUCUGGUGGAGAUCCGGACACCGUUGCUGGAGACUUUGGCAUCAAACCUCUUUACAAAAUGCUGGGUUAUUUUAGCUUGAUCGGUUUGUUACGACUGCAUUCGUUGCUAGGCGACUAUCUGAUGGCGCUGAAAGUCUUGGGGAACAUUGAACUAAAUCGCAAGAGUAUGUACUCCAGAGUGCCGGCUUGCCAGAUAACCACAUAUUACUACGUUGGUUUUGCUUAUCUUAUGAUGAGAAGAUACCAGGAUGCCAUCCGCAUCUUCUGUAACAUACUACUGUACAUUCAAAGGGCGAAACCAAUGAUACAAAACAGAGCUUAUCAAAUCGAUGCAAUCAAAAAAAUGAACGAAAAAAUGUUUACGUUGCUGGCAAUUUGUCUCUCAUUUUCACCUCAGCGUAUUGAUGAAAACGUCAACGCUCAUUUGCGUGAUAAUUACAGUGAGAAAAUUAUAAAGCUUCAACGAGGCGACCUAACUCUCUUAGAGGAAAUGUUUUCAUUCGCAUGUCCGAAAUUCGUCACUCCAUCGCCUCCCAACUACGAUGCCGUACCGGGAAAAUAUCACCGGGAAGCAUUUGAUAUUCAACUUAAGAACUUCUUGCAAGAAAUGAGGCAACAAUCUCUCAUACCUACUAUUAGAAGUUAUCUCAAGUUAUACAAGACGAUGCCACUCUCAAAACUUGCUGCGUUUCUUGACAUGGAUGAAGAAACACUUCGAACUCAAUUGCUUUGCUACAAACAUAAACAACGUCAUUUUACGUGGACAAAAGGCCCGGAUGCGCUGGAAGGCGAAUUUCAAUCCUCUUCAGACGUUGACUUUUACAUUGAGAAUGAUAUGAUUCACAUUGCUGAUACAAAGGUGGAGAGGGGUUAUGGCAACUUCUUCAUUCGACAAAUUAUGAAAUUUGAGGAGCUUGGUCAAACUAUCAGUAAUGAUCGGUAUUGAUGAUUCUCGCCCUCGAGUUGAAAAAUGUUCGCCUCUUUGACGAACCUGAAAUGCGUAUUUAAUCAUAAAAUAAUUACCAUCUGUUCAAAUAUAAAUUGCCCUUUGA